AUGAUGCAAAAGGGCUCUUGGUCUAUCCUUGAUCAGAGAUUUCUCUAUGAAAAAUAUGAAUCGGAGUUUGAAGAAGGGAAGGGAGAAAGAGCCCUUGACCCGCAGGAGGAUUUAUUCAAUCACAUAGUUUGGGCUCCUAGAAUAUGGCGCCCUUGGGGCUUUCUAUUUGAUUGUAUCAAAAGGCCCAAUGAAUUGGGAUUUCCCUAUUGGUCCAGGUCAUUUCGGGGUAAGCAAAUCAUUUAUGAUGAAGAGGAUGAGCUUCAAGAGAAUCAUUCGAGGUUCUUGCAGAGUGGAACUAUGCAGUACCAGACACGAGAUAUAUCUCAAGGCCUUUUUCGAAUAAGCCAAUUCAUUUGGGACCCUGCAGAUCCACUCUUUUUCCUAUUCAAAGAUCUGCCCCUGGCUCUGUGUUUUCACAUCGAGAAUUAUUUACAGAUGAAGAGAUGUCAAAGGGGCUUCUUACUAUCCAAACAGAUCCUUCUACAUCUAUAUAUAAACGCUGGUUUAUCAAGAUUACGCAAGAAAAGCACUUCGAAUUGUUGA